AUGGAGGGGAAGGAGCAGCCUAUGCGGGUUGUGAGCUCGCUGACGGGGGAGAGCUUCCGUUCCCAUGAGGUGUGUGUGAUGUGCGGGGUUCUCCUCGGCACGGGGGACGGUCGUCGGAGCAAGACGGCGCGGACCUUCCAGUGCAUGUUAGAGAACCGCUGGCGGGAGACUCCGUUUGUGUGGGCUUCGGUGAGAGAGGUGGCGGGGGCGAGGAAGGAUCCCAACUACCGCCUGACGGCCUGCACGGCCUGCAUCAACUGGAUCCGGAGGGAUGUGAACAACAGCUCCCCGGUCUUCCGCCAUCCCAACACCGCCUACAUCGUGCGGAAGGCGCUGGGGUGGACGAAAUGGGACACCUGCGUGCGGGUGUGCUGCGUGGGCAUCACCGAUCCGCAGUAUAUGCCCGAAGCGCUGCACGAGGUAGAGCGGAGGGUAAGGGCGGAGGCUUUGGCGGAGGCGGAGGAAGUGCCUUGCGCCGCGCUGGAGGCCGGGAGCUGGAAGGAGUUUCGCGGGAGCGCGCUGGCCUGGGCCCGUGGGUACCGUUCCUCUCCUCCCUCGGGCUGUGUCCUUCCGCAUAACCUUGGUGUGGUCUCCUUCGUGAGUGGCAUGCUAUCGUACCGCGUGCCGCAGGUGGAGGCAAGGGAGCCCGAGACGGGGAGGAAGAGGAAGGAUUACGAGGAGGAGUGCUAG